AUGCCGAUUCCUAUCCGCAUCGCCACGGCCUCGCAGGUUGAUGAGGAGUCGAGAGAUGACGACCCCUUUAGUGCUUUCGACUUCUUCGAUGACUCCUUUCCCCCUGAGACCGAACACUCCGACUGGUCGCAGCCGCCCGCGAGACAGAUCCAGGUAGAUGAGCCCACUACACCCUUGCCGACUUCGCCUACCUCCUACCAGUGGCGGUGUCUGAGGUGCGAUGGCGUCUCCGCCAUAGAGAUCACCGCUGGACGCUGGAAGUGCUUGACCUGCAACCACACCGAGUUCUACCAGGAGGACCGGCCUACCAAGAGGCUGACGGACACUGGAACGUGGAUGUACGUUCCGGGCCUUCCCACAGAGCCUGUUCCUGUCAGGCGACGCAGAAGGCGCAAGAAGACUCCAGCUGGACCUCCCGCUGAAGGACCGGAGACAAGCCUAGACGGCCUCCAGGUGGACACCUUCCAGGCCCUCGACUACCUGCAGGUUCACCUGUUCAACUACCUCGACAAGUUGGGUCUCCACUUCAACCUGCGUCUCAAGGAGGUCAUAACCUACCUGCCGGUUCACCUCCACGGCUACCUCGACGAGAUGGCACGCCUCUACAACAAGCGUCCCAAGCAGGUUCUCGACCCCCUCAGCUACCAGGUCAAGCGGACAGCCCUGAGAAGUCAAAGCCAGGAUGGCGGCGUGGACCACAUCAUGGGCCUCUUGAGGAAGCCAUUCGAACAGAGAUUGAUUUACCAAAAACGUCGUUUUCUCAAUGAGUUCGAGAGCUUCCGCCGCUACCACAACGAGUUCAUGCGCGCCUACGUGCAGCGCUUUCGGAGGACCCAACGCUCCCUGACUGCAGUGGGAGUGAACAUUGCAGGAACGUUUGAUUCCGACUCUUUGGGCUCCAGGCUCCUAGACCGUUCUGGUCUUUCGCAUCAUGACCAACGGAUGGUCCUUGUGGGCACACAACAAAGCCUUGACCUCGAGGCAAUAGCUGAGUGCCUGGUGCUUCAAUGGCCGGAGUUUCGGCCGGCUCCACCAGUAGUCGGAAAAGAUGGUCCUUCCAAGGGCAAGGGCAAGGGGACCGCAACGUCCUCAUCGUCGAGUACACCUUCAACUUCACAUACCUCGGUCACCACCAAAGGUGGCAGCAAGGGCAAACGACAGGCUUUCAUCACACAGAGAUCCCAUGCAGAAGAGACCAUCGACGAAGAGGCCGAGGAGUUCGCCGACGCCCUGGAAGAGGCCGAUGCAGGCCAAAUGGAUGAAGAUGAGCGUCCCCAAGAAGAAGAACCAGAAGAACCAUCUGAGGAUGUUGACCUCGGUGCUCUCGCCGAGGUGCUCACGGUGACGGCACGAAAACUCAGCGGCGCCACUUUGGGCCGCAAGUUCAGCGCGGGUGGCAAGAAGAAGAAAUCACCCGAUGAGUUGAGAAAGGUGACGCAUUGCGCUGCUUGCGGCGCCCUCGGACACUGGCAUCAGGACCCUUCGUGCCCGAUGAACCAAGGGAAGCCUGGCUCGGGUGGCAAAGCUUUUGGCAAGGGAUCAAAAGGAUCCUCUUCAACGUAUCGGGCAGGACCAGCUUCUGAGAAAAAGGGCGGAAAGACUCACCAGGUCAGCAUGGUCCACCAUGAGCGUGGAGCCACCGACAUCACCUCCCCUGAAGAGUUUGGAUCUUUGUUCUCCACCUUUAUGGUCACCACACCGUUCAUGGUCACAGAGGUGAAGCGUGAGAGCGACAUGAUGGGUUUUAUGGUUCUCGAUUCCGCAUGUCAGCGAACCUGUUGUGGACAGCAGUGGUACGACCUCCACAAGAAGUUUUUGGGGAACCACUUCAUGAAGUGCAAGGAGGUGCCCACUCACGACGUCUACCAGUUUGGCAAAGGGGAUCCCACUACAAGUUCAAUACAGGCCUACAUCCCAGUCUUCUUCAAGGACAUCCCCAUCUUGAUCGGCGUGGGCAUCCUCCCUGAGAAUAUUCCCCUCUUGGGUGGCAACACCUUGUUGGACACCCUCGGGUCCGUGAUCGAUUUGCCGAGCCGUACGGUGCACUUCACGAAGAUCGGUUGUUCAGUUCCUCUUCAUGUUCGAAACGGUCAUUUUGCAGUGCACAUUUUUGACGCGUCAUGUUCACGGCCUCAUGAACUACAUGUUUGGAAGCAGUUGUCCUGUCCAUCUGUGUGGAAAGAUCCACACCCUGAGCUUUUGCAUGUGCCGCCGAAGCCAAUGAAGGACAAGGCCAAUGUCCUGACUUGCAAUUCGAAGCCCCGUGAACCGCACCUCGAUGAGACAACCACCACCGCCAUGGCUGGUGCGCUGGAGGCGCAUGUGUCUUGCCUUGAGGCCUUCAAGCGGAACGUCUGGAUCUACAUGGCAAGGGCAGUUCGGCUGGGGAUGAUGGAUCAAUAA